AUGAAAGUGGACGACCUUGAGUCAGGGAAUUUAGAUGUGGCUAGUGAUAGAAGUAAAUUACCACAUAUUUCUAUGCAUUUGAAAAUUGAAGUCGAAGAACCAGUAGAGUUAGAUGACCUGGUUAUAAGGUCGUCACAGGAAUUAGUCUCAAAAGAUGUAAAUGUUGUUCCUGAAAAUUGUAUAGAAGAUGAAUGUGAUUCCGAUAAAGCUCCUGUUGUUGGCGAUCUCGUUACAGAUAGAGGUGUGGUUUUUAUCAGGACAAAUCAGAACCCUAUCCGACAAAAUUCUGCAAAGGCAAUAAAAUUGUCGCAUGAUUUACUCAACAAGGAUCUUUCAAUAGAAACUACUCGUCAUCUCCAUAUUAAGACUGUUCAUGAAGGAAUAAGAUAUCCAUGUGUUCAAUGUGAUAAAACGUUUACAAGGAAAUCUCAUCUAAAUAAACAUGUGAAAUCUAUUCAUGAAAGAAAAAACUAUCCAUGUUAUCAGUGUGAUAAACAAUUUGCAUCUAGAUGCAGUUUAAAUAUGCCUGUAAAAGUUACUCAUAAACGUUCGAAAUUUACUUGUAAUGUGUGUAACAAAGAGUUUGCUUUUAAAGGAAAUCUAAAUAGACAUCACAAGAGUAUUCAUGAAGGAAUGAGAUAUACAUGUAAUCACUGUGAUCGAAAGUUUAAAACAAACUCUGAUUUAAAUGAACAUGUAAAAGUUAUUCAUGAAGGAAUAGUAUAUCGAUGCGAUCAAUGUGAUAGAAGGUUUUCAUCUAAAUCCAACUUAAGGGAACACCUGAAAAGGGUCCAUCCAGGAGAAGAAUUUUCAUCUGUUUAG